AACAAACGGACCGUCACUCACGCUGAGGGUCAAAUUUUUUGAGGAUGUUCUGUUAGAAUCGGCGAAAUGUCAAGUUUCUCCAGAUCUGCUCAGCAAUGGGCAACCUUUGCCCGCUCCUGGUUCCUAAUUGAUGCCAGGAUGCAGCCUCCUGGGAAGAUUGCAGCCAUGUGUUCUGUUAGAUUACAGGGGAAACACAAACCUAUUUACCAUGCAAUCAGUGAUUGUGGUGACCAUGUAGUAAUAAUAAACAGCCGACAAAUAGCUUUCUCUGGAAACAAAUGGGAGCAGAAAGUCUAUUCAUCACAUACGGGGUAUCCAGGUGGAUUCAAACAGGUCACAGCUGCCCAGUUACAUCAUAAAGACCCAAAUGCUAUUGUGAAGUUGGCAGUUUAUGGCAUGCUGCCUAAAAAUCUGCACCGGCGAACCAUGAUGCAGCGAUUACACAUCUUUGCUGAUGAUGAGCUGCCCGAGGAAAUUCGUGCCAACCUGACAGAGGAGCUGCCUCAGCCCAGAGAAAUCCCCAGGAAACUCAGCGAGUACUCUCAGGAGGAGAUAGACGCCUUCCCCAGGCUGUGGACACCACCUGACGACUACAAGAUGAAAUGAAAUGAAAUCGAAGCUGCCUGACGUGAUGUCAAUGAAAGAUUUUCACAAUAAUACUUUACCCAACACAGCAGUUUCCUCAAAUGUAUUUAGUGUUAUGAUACAUGUCAAAACCACUGUGAAGGUGCAAUAGGAUUGGAAAAACACACACAAACUGAUUUUCCUCUUAAGGUAAAAUGUUGCAGCAGCACUGGAGUUUUGUUGUAGAAGUGACUUGAUUGACUGGACUUUAUUAAAGUGUCACCAAGUGUAAAUAUGCAAACUCAAAGUCUUGACAGUUGUUUUGGUUUUGACUUGAUCAUAGCAAUGCAGAAUUCAAUAAUUGAGAUUUCAAUAUGCAGCUCAGCUCUGGUCAUAGAAAAUCAGAUUCAGAUUCUGUGUUUUUUUCCCCCUGUGAUUACAUAACCAUGGCAACAUUCAGGUUAUCACUGCGGUUUAGAAGAAGAUAACUUUAUCCUGAGCUUUUUUGUUUUUGUUUUUGUCCUUGUCCGAUAAUUUCCAAUAUUGGUGUCAAAUAUAAAUCUGUUCUUUUUUUAUUGGAAUUGUAAAAUGGGCUAAUAAACAAUUAACAUGU